AUGGCGAUUCCAACACCUCCCAAUAUUUCGGCUCGUACAUUUUACGGUUUGCGAACAGACAUUCAAUAUAAUGCUCAUUACAUAACGGAGUCGGAGAUUGUUUAUCCUGCCGGAGGUGUCAUUGUUAUUCAUAACCAUCUGCAGAAAAAACAAAAGUUUAUAAGACUGCAAGAUAAACGAAAACCUAUCAAGUCAUUGGUUCUAGCACCUAAUCGGCGAUGGCUAGCUUUAAACGAAAUAGCCGAAGAAUUGGGACAGAAACCAAUAAUAACAGUGUACGACUUAACUACAUACAAGAGGCGUAAAAUAUUAACAGUACCCUUUGAAAACUGUUUUUCAAAGGAAUUUGCAUGUAUUCAAUUUACAUUUGACUCUAAAUAUCUUGUCGCAAUAACUGGGGAGCCUGAUUGGUAUUUAUAUUUUUACAAUUGGGACAAGGGAAAGGUGGAGAGUCAUGCAAAGGCGCAGAACCCAAGUGGUCAGGGAAUCGUCGAAAGUGUACAAUGUAAUCCUGCGGAUUCUACAUUGGUUGUAAUAACUGGGCCAUACACCUUUCGAAUAAUGAAUGUUUCUGAAACGGUUUGGCGUCAGUGGGGAUGGUGUAAGGCUGAAAAUAUCAACAUAACUACCUGCAUGUGGCUAACGCAGGACCGAAUACUGUUCGGUACAGACAACGGGGUCAUCAUGAUGGUGGAAAAUGGCGAACUUCGGCAAAACUGUAUCUUUCAAGCCCUUGAUGUCAUGGAAAUGUCAUUAAAAAAAGUAGAUGAGGCAGCAGAGGCAGAAGGUGACAAAGCAAGUACUUCAAGUAAACAAGAGACAGGUAGCAUAUCGGGUACCGAAGAAGAAAGCUAUGCUGUCACAAACUUGGUAAAUUUUCCCAAAGGUUUUGUCUAUGCUUGCGGGCCGGGAUAUGUACACAUGUUCGAAAAGGAAACGCCUCAUCACUGGAGAAAGAGGAACGUGUAUAGAAUUUCAAGGAAAUCUUAUAAGCACACACGGGAGUAUCCUGUUUGGUCAAAUCUUGACAGUAUUGAGCACAUCGCGGUAGACCCAAACCAAGAAACCUUGCUCAUAACGACACAAAGGAAACAGUUAUACACUGUCAAGUUAUUUGGUCAGCAUAUGUUACAGAAUCCAGAAAUAGCCUUUGCUGAGCUCGGACCAGCAAUGCAUUAUGGAAAAAUUAACUCAUUAUCCAUGUGUGCUUGGAAACCAAUAUUCAUGACUUCGGGAGAACAAGAUAAGAGUAUCAGAAUUUGGAAUUACAUGACAGAUGAUGUAGAAAUGAUCAAAUUGUAUCAAGAGGAGAUUCACUGCGUGUCUCUGCACCCGACUGGUUUAUUCGCGAUCGUUGGGUUUUCCGACAAACUUCGGUUCAUGGUGGUGUUGAUAGAUGAUUUUGAAGUGAUGCGAGAGUUUCCUAUAAGAAAUUGUAAACGAGCGAAGUUUAGUAGUAACGGGCACACAUUUGCGGCAGUCAACGGCCAAGUUAUUCAAGUAUUUUCAUCAGUGUCUUUUCACAAUGUAUUUAAUUUGAAAGGUCAUAACGGCAAGAUAACUUCCUUAGCGUGGUCAGCAAACGAUUUAACUCUUGUAUCGUGCGGCACGGAAGGGGCCGUAUACGAAUGGAGCAUGUCUACUGGCCAACGUAUUGGAGAAAUUAUAUUAAAAACUAACCAGUUUAACGCAUGUGCAGUAAACAGCAUCGGGAAGACAACAUACGGAGUGGGUACUGACGGUGAAAUAAAAGAGAUUGGUUCCAAUACGAUAAGAAGAAAUUUGCCCUUAAUAAACUGUGGACUUGAUACAAUCGUGUUGUCUCGUUCAGACUUGAUGCUGUUUAUCACGGGUGGUGAUGGUGGCGUCACGACCGUACAACUACCAUUAUUGGAUAAGGCUGUUUUUAACGAAUUUCAUAUGCAUAACACAAAUGUAACAGCAAUUGCAUUAUCGUAUGAUGACCAAACCUUGGUUUCUGUUGCUGAAGAUUCAUCCAUUUGUCUAUGGAGGUUGACAAAUGCGGACGGUAGAGCCAUAGCAUUAGAUAAGGACUUUGCAUAUUCUAAAGAAAUAUUAAUAAGCAAGAAAGAUUUGACGGAAAAAAUUAAUACAAUAAACCUGUUAAGUACGCGAAUGAGUGAACUGGAAACCGAACAUACAUAUCAGCUACGGCAAGCUGAAGCGACACAAGCAGAAAAACUUAAAGAAGUUCAUGAAGGUUACUGCGCCGCUAUUGAGGAGUUAAAGGAGAAGAACGAAAAUAUGGAAAACGAGCAUACGCACGAAAUAGGCAUGAUUCAACAAGAUAUUGCCAAAUUGCGUUCAGGCCAUGAAAGAACUUUGCAAACCUUAGAAGCGGACUUCAAUAUCAGACUAAUUAGCGAGUAUGACAGAUACCAGAGCCUAGAAGAUAAAACUGCAAGGAUGCGAAAGGAUUAUGAGCAACGACUUGAAGACUUAGCAGAGAGCAAAAGACUCGCUUUAAGGGAAAUGAACAAAAUGUUUGAAGCAAAAUUAGAAGAAAAGGAUCUUACGUUGCAAGAGCUGCAAGAACAAGCAGACAUGGAAAAACGAGAACACGAGAACAUAAAAAGCUCAAUAGAAGAAGACGCAGACCGUGAAAUAAUUGAAAUUCGUACUGCUUAUGAAGUACAGUUAAAAGAAGAAAAAGAUGCUAACGUGAGACUUAAGGGAGAAACUGGCCUAAUGAAGAAAAAACUUAUUACUGCUAACAAGGAUAUUGAUGAAUUCAAACAUCAAAUUUUACAGUUAAAAGCUGAACAUAAACAAUUUCAAAAAGUUAUCUCAACCCUGGAACGUGACGUAGCUGAUUUAAAGAAAGAAAUUGGUGAAAGGGACGGCACCAUACAAGACAAAGAAAAGCGAAUAUACGAAUUGAAGAGAAAAAAACAGGAACUUGAAAAAUAUAAGUUCGUGUUGAACUUUAAAAUAACAGAACUAAAAAAUCAGAUUGAGCCAAAAGAGCGAUACAUACGAGAAUUAAGACAUCAAAUUGAUGACAUGGAGAACGAAGAAUUAAAACUACUAAAUGUGAAACAUGAUCUUGAUCCAUUAGAACGCGAAAUAAAAGCACAAAAAGUACGAAUACUUGAAUUGGAAGUGUCUUUGGAAACUCUUCUAAAGAAAAAAGACUAUCGCGAACUUAAAAUUGCACAGCUUAAUGAGAAGUUACUGUCUGCUAAGAAGGAUUUUAUAGCCGAAGCGGAGAGAAAUUUAACACUGAAAAGUACAUUAAAGAAAAUUAAAAUUGAUUUACAUAAUAUGACAGCAGAGUUUCAAGACCCAACUAAGUUAAAGUUGGCAGUAAAAAGUCUAUUUCACAAAUAUGUGGAGGACAUAGACUUCGUACGUAGUCGCCUAGCGGAUGAUGAAGCAGUUCGUGAGUUCAACCGCCAACGUGAUCAUCUCGAGAAACAGGUCGCUGCAUUAAAGCAGCAGUUAUCGAAGUCUCUAGGUGGAUCUAAGAGCGACAUCGGCAAGAUUAUGGAUGAAAAUUGUACGUUAUUGACCGAGAUAAACAACCUACGAACAGAGCUUAAAUCCACACGCGCACGUUGCUUCCAAAUGGAAUCAAUUCUGGGACUCUCUGCCCGCUACAUACCACCAGCUACGGCCCGCGCUAAACUUAACCAUGUAACAGAAGACAGAGAGAACCUUGACGAGAAGUUCAAGCAGAAACUAGACGAACGAGAUGAAUAUAUUGGAGCUUUGAAAGAAGAAAAUGAGCGUCUUUUGGGUAAAAUGCAAUGUAUUGAAGAACCUCAAAAAGACACGGCAGAAAAAGAAUAA